GAAUCAUCUAUCAAUAUGCUAGCAGGUGGUAUCUAUGCCUACUUAUAAUUAAUCUUAUAAAAUAAACAUCUUUGAUAUGAAUCUUCCUUUAUUACUUGUGUAUCUACACUAGGGGGCAUAAAGUAAGAUGAAAGCUGCUAUUGUAAUAACUUUAGUUUGUUUGGUGUGCUAUACAACAUCACAAAGUUAUCACUUCAGCAAUGGAUGGAACCCAGGAAAAAGAUCGUCAUCACAAUGUAGUUUUAGUCCAUAUGUAAAGUCCAUGAUAUCCAAAUUGUUAGAGAAUGAAACACGCAGAUUACAGAAAUGUUCCAGAUCAGUCAUUCAAGAACCUGUAGAAUAUUUUCCAAUGGAUAAAGGAGAUGACAUACAAGUACCAUGAGUCAGAUCGUGCUGAAAGAAUAAAGCACAUCCUCAUAUGAUAGUUAAAAACUUCAUAUUUUAACAUUUGUUUCAAUUUUAUUGUAUUUUAAUUAAACUAGACACACUAUUAGAAUACAUAUAUGUUAUAUUUGUUUUGUUUAAAUAUUAAACCUUUCUGAACCUUCAUACUGGACUUAACACACGAUUAUUUUAUCCUGCUAUGAUAGGAUGCUAUUUUUGUUAGUGUAUGAUCCAUAUGGAAGUAUAAAAGCUGAUAUUGGAUUGCAAGAUGAUGAAAUCAACAUAUUUAACACUUCUUGCUUG